AUGAAUAACGUAGAUGAUGAUAGUAACGAUAAACAAGCAGCUCCAUCGAAUUCUUCAACAGAUCCCAAAAUAGAUUAUAAUACAGAAAACUCCUUUGGUACUCUUUCAAUGUGUUUAUCAUCAUCAAUUUUUCAAUCUCAUUCAUACAUAAAUCAUCGAUACAAUUUUGCACAGCCUUAUUCUAUUUCACCCCACGAAUAUUUUACUAAUAUCGCUAGACAUACAGAUAUCAAUGCAAUGACAACAAAUAUUAAUAAUUCAAUUUGUGAAGUUUGUGGAGAUAAUUCAAGUGGUAAACAUUAUGGCAUAUUGGCAUGUAAUGGUUGUAGUGGCUUUUUUAAACGAAGUGUUAGACGAAAAUUAAUUUAUCGGUGUCACACAAGCUCAGGUAGAUGCAUGAUCGAUAAGGCUAAUCGAAAUCAAUGUCAAGCGUGUCGACUUGAAAAAUGUUUACAAAUGGGAAUGAUAAAAGAGGCUGUACAAAAUGAACGUCAAUCUCGAACUGAUUCUCAAGUUCGAAUCAAUUCAAUUGAUCUUCAUCAUAAUCAUACGGAGAAAAUAAUAUCUGCUAUGCAUCAUCUACCUUUUCAACAGGUAUCAAAUAUCACAUCCAAUUCAUCGUCUCAUCAAAGUAGCACAUCGUCAAUGAUAAAACAUAGUCAUGAGUAUGAUUUAGUUAACAAGCUCGAUGAUACAGUUUAUAUAAUAUCAUCUCAAAUUCUUUUGAUGAUUAUCAAAUGGAUACGUAAUUUACCAACAUUUUUAAAUUUACCUAUCUGUGAUCAGUUGAUUUUAUUGGAAGAAUCAUGGUCAGAAUUAUUUCUUCUUUGGGCAAUUCAAUAUUCUAUCCCAUUGGAUGGUGGCGGACCAAUUUUUCAUUAUACUGUUCUUCAUCAUCAAAAUGAAGAUGAAAAAUCAAUUCACGAUAUUUUUUAUAUAUUCAAACAAUUGCAACUUGAUCCUAUUGAAUUUGCUUGUUUAAAAACCAUUGUUUUAUUUCGAUUUGAUAUUCGAACAUUGAUCGAAGUUAAAACAAUUGAGACUGUACAAGAUCAAGCACAAAUAACAUUGGCACAAUUCAUAAGAAUUCAUAAUCCGACACAGCCAACACGUUUUGGUCGUUUACUUUUAACAUUACCAUUAAUUCGUAGUAUACCAUCAAUAUUUGUGGAAAAAACUUAUUUUUCACGUAUCAUUGGUAAAAUAUCCAUGUCAAAAUUACUUGCAGAUAUGUUAAAAAAUUAA